CGAGUUCGUUCGCACUUUCAGAUGGAGACAACCCGUUUUUCGCGAACCCUCACAUCAUACGCGGUGGCCCAUGUCGACUCUGCCCGCACCUCAUCUUAGCCUGCCAGCGAAACCCACCUUCGCGGCCGCAGUGCUGCCUUCUAGGCCCGACAAUGCGCCUGCAGCGACGGGUGCAACUCUAGGAUCAAGAUCAGGGGCGAAGAGAGACACUCGCGAGGAGUUGCUCACGCCAUGGCUGGAGCGCUUGCCUGUGACACAAUACAACUCUACAGAGCAGCGGCUGCACGAUGAAAUUGUGGCGUUUAUGAACUAUGCGACGCCAAAUGCCACAGAGCGCACUGUGCGCGAGAGACUCAUUGCACGGCUGACUGAGAUUAUCCAGAGACGUUACUGGUGUUCAGACGUCAAAGUGUUCGGUAGUAUGGCACAAGACCUAUCUCUUCUCAGUGGGUAA